CAGCACAGCGUGUGUGGGAGCGUACAGCACGUCGGUGUGAUUUGGUAAUUGGUAGUUUGUACACUCCUGAGUCGUGGAGGUAUUUAUAAAGAGGGCAACUGGACUGUAACAAAGCAAGAAACAGGCUGCACUGUCGGAGUUUUUACAGAUUACUACGAAAACCUAAUUAAUUUCACAGAGUUUCUUGAGUGAAGAAUCAGCAGUAUGAAGGACAGUUUGAGAUUCUCACACAUGAUCUUUGUCUCCCUGCUGGUCUUGAAGUCCUCCUCUUCCGUUGCAUUUGAGGUGAGAGUCCCCAGCACCCCUCAAGUCGCCCUGCACGGUCGGUAUGCAGUGCUGGAGUGCAGAUUCACUGUGGAAGGGGACCUGAAUCUGGAUAAAAGCGUGCUGACGUGGCAGAGGGGGAGCGAGGUCGUGCACAGCUUCUACUACACGCAGGACCAGCUGGAGAAGCAGAGCCCGCGCUACUGGAACAGGACCAGCCUCUAUCUGUCUGAGCUGAAACGGGGGAACGCUUCCCUGAAACUGGAGGGGGUGGGACCAGAGGAUGCCGGGGAGUACACUUGCUUUGUGAGCACCUUGCUGGGAAGCCAGAGGAAAACACUCUCCUUGAUGUUUGCAGCUUUGUACACAGAACCCCUCCUGAGAAUUAAAGUGAACCCCCACAACGUGACCGCUUCCCUGCAGUCUGAAGGUUAUCCGGACUCUACAGUCCAGUGGCUGGAUGGAGAGGGGCAGGACGUCUCCAUCCUGGCGCAGACUGUCUCCCAGAAGAACGCUGUGGGACUGUACACAGUAACCAGCACCCUGUCCACCGCGAGGAGCUCUAACACCACCCUCACCUUCAUCCUGAAAAACAGGGAACUGAACCAGCACAUCAGCAGGACCUUCAGCCUCCUUCCAGAAGGUGCUCCUGUGGAUGAUAAUCCUGCUGGAAUGAGGUGGGCUCCUGUCUUGUCUGUUGUUGUCCUAGCUGUGCUGUGUGUCCUGGCACUGACUGUUUACGGGAAGACCUGUAAAAAAUCAACAGCAAAGAGCAUCGAACAUCUGGAGAACGGGAAGCUAAUGAGCAGCUGAGCAGCACCUCUGGACAGGAGCAAGAUAUCAUCCACCCAUGAGCUGCUAAUCUGUGAAACUGGAAAGAGUCUGUGCUGCUGAGAAGAUUCACCUGGACAGUGUCUCUCCAUUGUUUAUUAAGAGCCCUUUUCAGCGAUUGGGGGAGAAAAAGGUUUUAAACUCAGACUUACUGCUACAAUAUAAAUUCAUAGAAGGGAUGUAAUGGUUUGAAUAAACAGGAAUACCUUGUCUAUAAAUAGCAGGAAAGAGACUUUUUAUAUUGUGCUGCUAUACAUUAUAUGGUAUAGCCACAACUGUAUAUACCACAGUUACUUAUUUAUCAAACACUUUGUGUUGUAUUGUAAAGCCACUGGUGGUCAUUUAUUUCUUUUGUCCAUACAAUAUUUUUAUACUAGAGAAAUGCCUGUUUUUGUACUGGUUGGAUAACCUUUUUCCUGUUAAACUCUUGUUUAGUGUUGUAUUUAUUUAAAUAGUGAUAUCUUAACACAAUUCUUACCUGCUAUAAAUGUGUCUAGUGUUAACUGAUAAGUGGAACGUCUCUGCCAUUCACUUUGAUUGAGAUUCUGAAUCUUGUUUUUCUGUUCAAUAAGCAGAUGUCACAAAUGCUCCCAUUCACAGCACAGCACAGCACAGCGCAGCGUGCUGAAUGACUGAUUUUUUUUUUUUUUUUUUUUUUUUAAAUCCUGGUUGUGUUAUAAAAGAUAACUCAAAUGCACUUGUCACAGAAUUGUUAGAAUUGGACUGUGUAUUGAUAUAGCUGGAGAUGGCCAUCUCACUUGCCAAUCCCUUCUUGUGUUUUAACUCAUAUCUUUUAGUUUUACACUUGCUGCACCCUUUAUUUACUACUGAUGUACAUCACUACCAACUGUGGUGUGGCAAGGAACUUUGAACAAUGCAAACCAUGGACUAAAUACAGCAGCAGGACAGAUAUGAAUGUUAUCAAAAUAUUGAUUCUUCCAUUAAUAUUUUUUUGUAUUAACCUUUAAAUCACAACCAUGACUUCAAAAUUGCCAUAUAACAUUACAAUGUUUCACCAUGUAACUAACUUAAAGAAGAAAACAUACAUAUUUGUGUCAGUGAUAACUGAGGGAAGGGUCUUUAUGAAUUUCCAGAUAUUGAUGCGUUAACAGUAUUGAGCGUUGGUUGUUUGUAACUGCAAGUGUGUAUUGCAUUAUUACAAUUACAGUAUUACGUUAUACCAAUGUUGUAUUUAAAACAUGUACACACUGAAGUUUGUCAAUUUAAGUACGCAUUGUAUUAAAAUAAUACCAAUAAGCAACACUUCAUUGUUUUGCAUUGUACAGUUAUGUAUUGAACUACCUUUUAGUUUCAGUUUUCAUAACUUAAUCCACACUGUUAGCCCUGCUGGCUCCAUAAACACAGUGUGUCAAUGUAUAGGAAAAUAUAUUGUAAUAUAAUUAAAUAGAGUGAUAAAUAUAAUAUCUUCCCCAUCUAAUGCAGUACAGUAUACUGAAAAAGCAAUGUAAUGUGAUUCAUAAUAAAGCUUUUGAUAAGUAACGAGGA